AUGGAAGAACAAAUUGGCAUGAGUGGGAUUAGAACAGGCGUUGUGAUUUUCCUAGUAACCGUGUUAUGGGCAGGAGCAGAAGCUCAAUCUGGGUGCAGCUCUGUGAUGAUGAGCCUGGCUCCAUGCAUGAAUUAUGUCACGGGUAGUUCCUCCGACCCAUCUUCCUCCUGCUGCUCCCAACUUGCCGCCGUUGUUCGGUCACAGCCGCAGUGCCUUUGCACCGCCCUUAACAACGGUGGAGCCGCAGCGGUUGCCUCCAUUAACCAGACCCUCGCACUGGCUCUCCCUAAUGCAUGCCAUGUCCAGACUCCACCUAUGAGGCAGUGUCAUGGAGCUGAUAAUGGAGCAGUGGGUUCUCCAGAAGCCUCACCAGGGGAUUCUCCAGUUGAUGUUCCAACUAACUCUUCAGCGCAAGAUGGCGAGAGCACCUCGAACGGCAACAUUGUCGAGAUGCCUCUUCAGCUUGCUGUCUUCCUCCUCCUCAUGGCUUCAUAUGCUUCAACUUUCUGCACCUACUAA